GCUAAAACGGAAGAAAAUAAAAUCAAACAAAAAAAAUAAAAAAUUAUAUAAAAAACAAAUUAACUUUAUUCAUUUCCUUUUUUUAAUCCAAAAAAAUAAAACUUUUCUUUAGUCCUUUCUCUUCUCCAUUCACCUUGUUCUGACUUUCGUUUCACAGCACUGAUUUUUUUGUUCGACCGCUCAAUUCGCCACUUGCCAUUUUCGAUUGUUUGCUUGUUUGCUUUUUUGCUUAUUCGCCCGUUUUUCCGCUUGCCCGUUCGCCCGCUCCACAACGCGCCGCUGCAAAGGUUGCCCACCACCGACCACAAAAACUUAUUCACCACCAUCCGAGCGGAAAGGAACGCCGCCCACUGUGCUGCCUACCUCCCCGAAUAACAACUCCACUUAGCCAAAAUGAACUCCUACUACAGCCUCUUCGUUUUUUUCCUCGUCCAAAUUGCGCUAAAGUAUAGCAAGGCAGCCGUCACGGUAGACACCAUAUGCAAAAAUGGACAGCUGGUUCAAAUGAGUAACCACUUUAAGUGUAUGUGUAACGAAGGGCUGGUGCACCUUUCCGAAAAUACAUGUGAAGAAAAAAAUGAAUGCAAGAAAGAAACCCUAGGCAAAGCAUGCGGGGAAUUUGGCCAGUGUAUAGAAAACCCAGACCCAGCACAGGUAAACAUGUACAAAUGUGGUUGCAUUGAGGGCUACACUUUGAAGGAAGACACUUGUGUGCUUGAUGUAUGUCAAUACAAAAAUUGUGGAGAAAGUGGCGAAUGCAUUGUUGAGUACCUCUCGGAAAUCCAAAGUGCAGGUUGCUCAUGUGCUAUUGGCAAAGUCCCCAAUCCAGAAGAUGAGAAAAAAUGUACCAAAACGGGAGAAACUGCUUGUCAAUUGAAAUGUAACACAGAUAAUGAAGUCUGCAAAAAUGUUGAAGGAGUUUACAAGUGCCAGUGUAUGGAAGGCUUUACGUUCGACAAAGAGAAAAAUGUAUGCCUUUCCUAUUCUGUAUUUAACAUCCUAAACUACUCCCUCUUCUUUAUCAUCCUGCUUGUCCUUUCGUACGUCAUAUAA